AUGGUCGCCAUGGAUUGGCGGCUUGCAACGAUGAGCGGGAACCUGACGUGGACGAGAAACACAGAGAGGGCGCCGUUGCACACGAUACUGUACUCGGAGCUCUCACCGACGCUUAUCGUGGGCCUCACAGAGAAGGGUGGCUCCGCAGUUGACUAUGUCAAAGUCUCCUCCGUAGCCUCUGUGACGCAUGAAGCCCCUGCAACAGUGACACUGCACCUGCAAGGGGCAUCGCACGUGUCACUGAUUGCGCCGAACGUUGCGGAGUCUUUCGGGUGGCUGAACGCCGUCAACCUCGCACUCUCCAGUCGAAUAGGCAACUCAGCUUACUCUGCAGAGGCUGUCUCACCAAAGGAUGGACAGCAACAGCUCCACCAGGAAAAAAAGAAGAAUACAAAUUCCACUAGGGCGGCGGAUCGUGUUACGGAAUCACACGAGUGGAGGAUGCGAGAGGAACAAUUUCCUGUCGAUAACGCCAUUUUGGUUUAUGAUGAACCAACACUUUCUACGAUUGCAGAAGGCGGCAGUGGCCUCACACCGGAGGAAUUCCCCAAUAGCGUUGGUCUCAGGGGCUCUCUGCCUGAUGUCCUCGCUUCCACUCUUCCGCCACAGCCACCUGCGGUACAUCGUUGGAAAAAGGGGGCAAACCGCCAGGAAAAGACAAAUAUUGAAGCUGCAGCACGCCUUUCUUCGCAACAACCUGCUGUUGAGCGUGCUGUUGUGGACAAACUGAUGCGACCGAAUUUCACGCUCGUUGGUUCUAGUUGCCUUUCCACCAACGGGGUGGAGAAGAAGGCGUUGUUUGUUGGCAACGAACCUCCUGGGCAAGGGGAAACACAUCACAUUAAGGUUCAUGCUCCUACAGCUCCCCGUCGUGUGGCUUUUCCUAUAUCCCCACGCGAGAGAUCCCAGACGAUGCCAAGAGAAGUGGCGGAAACACAAAUGCCGUUACUCUCCACAGCGGUUGACGGCCCCUCACUCAUGAAAGGCGACGGGGCGCAGGCAUUAGAGCUACAAGAGGAGUCGGCUCCAGACUGCCACGAAUCAGCGAGAAGGACAGCAUGGAACCCUCCCUUAUCGACUGCUCCUUCUGUACCCACAACUGACAUUAAUGAGAGGGUUAAAGAGAUAACGAAACAGAAGAUGACUUCAGGUAAGGACAAACCGUUGACUCUGAAUGAAGAAUGGCUAGCCGCUUCCUCAUCGACUCAGCACGGUGCUGAUGAUUUGCUGCGCGAAACUGCGCCAGUUGCUAGAGACGAUGAGAGAAGGGAUGAUGGAGUCAGCAAAAUUUCCACGCAUGUAGUGAAUUCCCCGGUAACAAGCACCAUGAGAGGUCCGAUUGUAGCCCCUUCCUCCGAGGAACUGCUGCUACUAUCCUCAGAAAAAAAGAACCAUGCUGUGCUUUCGCCUUUAAGAGACACGACGGUGCGUGCGCUUCGCCUUGACCGCUUGUCUGAGGUAAAAGGGGCAGUAGGUAAUAUGGCACAGGAUGUCGACGAUGUGGAAAAGAUGUGGAUGCCAAGCAAAGAACAGGUGGGAGAGGCUCGUAGUGUUCCAGAGACGUCUUGGUCAAUUGAGCCGCCGUUGCGAUCAACUGCUCAUUCAAUCUUGUCGUUGGGCAGUGAAAUUCGGCCGACGGCGCCAUCAUUAGACUUACCGAGUGCCAACGGCAAUCGGGAGAGUAGGUGUAAGAGUCGCGAUAGUCAGCAGAAAUGUAUCUCGGCAGAUUCCAUUAUUGACCGAAUUAUUAGAACGCCUUCUCGCAACGCCCCUCGUGACUCCACUGGCUCUCCAGUGAUGCUGGUGCCUGGGGUUGACACACCACCGUCGCGGGAGCAGGACGGUUAUUAUCGGCCCAUUGAGGCGGCGGUGGCGGCGAUCCCGCGACGCAGCGCCUCCGCUACGAGGCAUGUGUUGGGGCGGUCCACCAGUCUGAAGAGCGCGUGGCGGGGAGGCUCUGCGGUACGUGUCGUUGCUGCAAGAGAUGUGGCGCCUCUUGCAAUGCAAAGUGUUCGGCCGUCCGUUCGGCAACGCAUUGUCUCAAGCCGUGACGGCAGUCCACAUCACACGGAUGACUAUUUACGUGGACGCAACGCGGUGAUAUAUUCGUCAGCACACCGGAGGUCGGUGGAGCGCAGAAGCCACCACCAUGACGCGGUGGAUGGACGUGACCGCGCGCCCCCGUUUCGCUCGCGCCGUGGCAGAAGCCUGCACGACGAGUCACCGCGGCACUUCUUAUCGGUGGCAAGGCGACCGGAACGAAAGAAAGGCGCUGAAGCCGAUGUCAGUGACUCGGAGUGGCGGGCUGCGUUUCUCAUGAAACCGAGGAUAUUCACGAAGCACGCGGUGCGGGGCUACGGCGGGAGGAAGCACUACGUCUGCCUGACCGGUGACCACGCGUAUGUUGUGUGCAUUCCCGCGCGCGACUUUGACGCGCAGCUUCCCAUGCAUCACAGUGGCGUGUCCUCGCUAGAGGAGGCGGCCCGUGUCUACGGUGACGCGUUCCGUGCGAUGGCGUUGCGCAGUAUUGACCGCGUCUCGCUGGGAACGGAAGAGGAGUGGGCGCAGGGGUGGCACCUCUGUCGCGUAGGGCCAGAGAGGCUCGUGUGCAUCGUGUCGCACACACACGCCUUUGUGCUGGAGGCGGGUGCGGGCGCCGAGGCGGAGCACUACGUGAGGGCGUGGAGGGCACUGCUAUCAGGGGAUGCGGCGUGGCGCAUCUCAUAG